AUGGCAUCAAUCCUAAGAGCUUCGGCUCUCUACAUGUACUUAGCGCUCGCAGCGCCUACCUUCGCCCAAUUCGUAAAGGCACCGACAGAUUUGACGACGACCAAGGGCAAUUUGGAUUUACCCGUUCGAUGGAAAGAGGUGCCAGAGGGCACAUGCGAACUCACGCCAGGAGUCAAGAGCUAUAGCGGAUAUGUGGACAUUGAGAAUAACCAGCACAUCUUCUUCUGGUUCUUCGAGGCACGCGAUCAGAAGCCAGAAGAUGCUGAGCUCACAGUUUGGAUCAAUGGCGGCCCGGGUUCAUCAUCAAUGAUCGGACUCUUCGAGGAAUUGGGGCCAUGUCGAGUUGAUAUGGAUGGUAAUGUAUACCACAAUCCAUAUGCUUGGAACAACGUCUCCAACAUGCUCUUCAUUGAUCACCCAGCUCAAGUUGGCUUCUCCUACUCGACACCGAUCCCAUCUUACAUCUCCAGCGCAGGUUCCGUCGUUCAGCUGCCGAAUGCGACCUGUCCAGAGUAUGCAGCGGAUGUGGAUUGCGCCACACGCUCCCAGCCAAAGCAAACCGAUACUGCCAACUCCACCUCGAACGCUGCUCCAUCGAUGUGGAAGACAAUUCAAGGUUUCAUGGGCGCGUUCCCUCAAUACUCUCGCACGGAGUUCAACUUUGCAACUGAAAGCUACGGUAUGUACUCAUCGACUGACGAGAUCGAGCGAGCAACGGCCCAUCCGCGAGAACCACACAUCAGCCUAGUACCUAACUUCUUCUUCUUCAAAGGCGGUCACUAUGGACCAAUCUUCAACGCCUACAUCGAAUCUCAAAACAAGCUCAUUGACGACGGCAGCCUUCCGGGCGCAAAGCACAUCAACCUCCGCACAGUCCUGAUCGGCAACGGCUGGUACGACCCUCUAAUUCAGUACCAAGCCUACUACAACUUCACGGUCUAUCCAGGCAAUACAUAUGACUACCGACCAUACAACAGCAGCGUCGAGGAGCAAAUCUACAACGCUCUGUACGGCCCCGGAAACUGCUACGACCAAACCGUUGCAUGCAACACCGGCGGUCUCAAUGAAAUCUGCAUGGCAGCGGACAGCUUCUGUGCCAACGAGAUCGAAGUUCCACUGGGUAACGAGGGCCGCGACGAGUACGACAUCAGAGAGCUCACUCCCGAUCCCUUUCCGUACUCCUUCUACUCGAAAUACCUCAACAGCCCGAAACUGCAACAGGCCAUCGGCGCAUACGUCAACUUCACCAGCAGCAACGGCGCAGUCGGCGAUGCCUUCAGCUCAACAGGCGAUGACGACCGCGAAGACGGCACAAUCGAAGCUACCCGCAGCCUCGUGGAACAGGGUAUCUACGUAGUCCAAUUCGCCGGAGACGCAGACUACAAUUGCAACUGGCUAGGCGGCGAAGUCAUCGCUCACGAAGUUGACGCUCCCGGUUUCGGUACGGCGGGAUACACCAAUAUUACCACUUCCGACAACAUCGUGCAUGGUCAAGUCAAACAAUCCUCCAACUUCGCCUUCGCACGAAUCUACGAGUCCGGCCACGAAGUACCCUUCUACCAACCCCUAAUCGCCCUCGAAAUGUUCAAUCGCUCCAUACACGGUCUAGACAUCGCAACUGGAGAAAAGGAGAUCACGUUAGGAUGUGGGUAUAAGAGCGUGGGAACGGCGAAGAGCGAGUAUAGAGAGGGCAACGGGACUGUGCAGUUCAAAGUGUUGCCAGCGAAUGCCACGUACAACACCACGUUGAAUGGGCCGAACCCUAUCAAUGGAACAAGCAGCGCGGGUGGAGAUGCGGCGUCGAAGAAGCGCGGGAUGAUGACAAGGGCGAAGCAAAGCUUGAAGAGUAAGAGGACUUUUAAGCCGAGUUUUGGGAGGAAGAUGAAGUAG